AAGUAAGUCUCGUGAUACAUUGGUAAUGCGUGCUUGUGACGCAAUUUGGUGGUAGGGAGGGGACCCAAGCAACAGCAGUGGUAGGAAAGAGGAGGAAGCAGGGAUGGUAGAGUCACACCUCUGAAGCAUUCAAAAAGCCCAAAGGAUGAGAACCUCGAUGACCUUUCUAGUCUGAACUGGCUUCAAACCGAACUGGGGGGAAUCGUCUGCAGUUCAAACAACUAGGUGGCCCAUGGCUGCCAUCACCACUCCUGUCAAGUCACAGCUUCAAAGGAUUUACUCCCCUAUGGCGUUCUGAGAAACGAAACCGCUUGGAUCACAGGGAUUGAUUUGUGAAGUAAAUGUAUAGGCCCACACAGGUAUGUAUCAGCUGGUGUGUUUAUAAAGGUCGUCUCCUACUCUCAUCCCUCUCCACGCCUACUUGUCGGUUGACUGCUUUUUUGAGGGAAAACUCCAAACAAACCAAGGAGAGUGACAGUUGGGGAGUUGCGGUCCCAUGAGAGACUCCGCAGGGGGACCGACAAUCACGUCGACGCCAUGAGUAGUACUUUAGGUAACAAAGACAAAGACUGGAAAGAGAAGGACCUGAAAGGAGGUCCGACAGGAGGGAAAGAAAGGGAAAAAGAGGCCAAGGCUCUGGCUGGUUUAGGCGGCAAAGAUUGCGGCAAGGAUCCCAAGGCCAAAGGGAAAGACGCCAAAGAAGGAAAGAAGGAUGCAGGUUCCGCGUCGCCUGCCGUCGCCUUCUCCGUGGACAACACGAUAAAGAGGCCCAACCCGGCGCCGGGGACACGCAAGAAGUCCAGCAACGCCGAGGUGAUCAAAGAGCUCAACAAGUGCCGUGAGGAGAACUCCAUGCGUCUGGACCUGUCCAAGCGUUCCAUCCACAUGUUACCCACCUCCAUCAAGGAACUCACCCAGCUGGCAGAGCUCUACCUUUACAGCAACAAGCUCCAGAGCCUCCCCUCAGAAGUGGGCUGCCUGUCUGGCCUGGUCACCUUAGCCCUGAGUGAGAACUCUCUAACCAGCCUCCCAGAGUCCUUGGACUCCCUGAAGAAGUUGAGGAUGCUGGACCUGAGGCAUAACAAACUGAGGGAGAUACCGGCGGUGGUUUACCGGGUGACGUCGCUGACCACACUGUACCUGAGGUUCAACCGGAUCACGGCGGUAGAGAGGGACAUCCGGAACCUGGCGAAGUUGACCAUGCUCAGCAUCCGUGAGAACAAGAUCAAACAGCUGCCUGCCGAGAUAGGGGAGCUCUGUAACCUCAUCACCCUGGACGUAGCCCAUAACCAGCUGGAACAUCUACCCAAGGAGAUCGGCAACUGCACCCAGAUCACCAACCUGGACCUACAGCACAACGAGCUACUGGACCUACCAGAAACUAUAGGUAACUUGGCAAGCAUAAACCGCUUGGGUCUGCGGUACAACCGGUUGUCAGCCAUCCCCAGAUCGCUAGCCAAGUGCAGAGAACUGGAAGAGCUCAACCUAGAAAACAACAACAUCUCCGUGUUACCAGAAGGUCUCCUGUCUAGUCUGGUGAAUCUGACCAGUCUAACCCUGGCGAGGAACUGUUUCCAGUCCUACCCGGUGGGAGGACCCUCCCAGUUCUCCACCAUCUACUCUCUCAACAUGGAGCACAACCGCAUCAACAAGAUCCCCUUUGGAAUCUUCUCCAGGGCCAAAGUCCUCAGCAAACUCAACAUGAAGGACAACCAGUUGACGUCUCUGCCUCUAGACUUUGGCACGUGGACCAGUAUGGUGGAGCUCAACCUGGCCACCAAUCAGUUGACAAAGAUCCCUGAGGACAUCUGCGGUCUCGUUUCGCUUGAGGUCUUGAUAUUGUCCAACAAUCUUCUCAAGAAGUUGCCACAUGGUAUUGGCAACCUGAGGAAACUACGGGAGCUCGACUUGGAGGAGAACAAGCUGGAAUCGCUCCCGAAUGAAAUCGCUUACCUGAAAGAUUUACAGAAACUAGUGUUGACCAAUAAUCAGCUGACCACGUUGCCCCGUGGGAUCGGUCACCUCACCAACCUGACCCACCUGGGUCUGGGAGAGAACCUGCUGCAGCACCUGCCAGAGGAGAUCGGUACACUGGAGAACUUAGAGGAGCUGUACCUCAAUGACAACCCCAACCUGCACAGCCUCCCGUUUGAGCUGGCCCUGUGCAGCAAGCUGUCCAUCAUGAGCAUCGAGAACUGUCCUCUCAGCCAUCUGCCCCCGCAGAUCGUCGCCGGGGGCCCCUCCUUCAUUAUCCAAUUCCUCAAGAUGCAGGGGCCCUACCGGGCCAUGGUCUGAUAGGGCCCGGAGGCCAAGAUUGUGGUCUGAGGGCCCAGAAGGAGGCCAUGGUCUGAGAGCUGAUUUGAUGGCAGAUAUACCAGGCCCACGCAAGGCCCAUGAUCUGACAACGGACCAUGCCCAUAAUUGGAUAGACCACGCCCAUAUUCUGAAGGCUGACGCCCACCCAAUCACUUACCUAUCCAACUACGUGUGUCAUACACUGUAAAAAAAAAUAUAAAAAAUACAUCAUAACAAAAGCAAACUAAAUGUACAAAAAGAGGAAAACAUUUUCGGUUCAUACAUUAUCUAUCUAUAUGCGGAAAAAAACUAAACAAGUACAUUUAUAUUGAGACUGUGCUCCAGUGUUUCUGUUGAGGAAUCAUAGCCAUUUAGAAGGCCAACUUCUCCAAUAUUUUAUUCCCGAAUCAUGUAAGACAAAACUUAAAGGGUCAUUACACAACUUUUAUUUUUUUUACAUUAUAUUCAUUAAUUCCAGCACCAUAUGAUACAUAAGCUGUUUUCAUACAUAU